GUAACAAUUUAUGUAAUCACCGUUUCAACUUUGGACGACCUUGUUUAGUGUUGACAUUUUCAACAUUAAUUUAUCCCAUCAAAUACAUCAUGACAGCCCUGCAGCAGAAUCAAGUUUUAUCUAUCCAAAGUACAGUUGUAUCAGGUUAUGUUGGGAACAAGUGUGCAUCGUUUGCUUUACAGAUACAUGGUUUUGACGUCUGCCCAGUAAAUUCUGUCCAGUUAUCAAAUCACACAGGAUACAAAUGUUUCAAGGGUCAAGUAUUGAAUGCUGCAGAUAUAGAAUGCUUGUAUGAUGGUCUCAAACAGAAUAAUAUACAUGGACAGUUCUCACAUUUACUUACAGGUUAUAUAGGAUCAGAGUCAUUUUUGUUGAAAGUAGGGGAGAUAAUUCAAGAUAUCAGGGAUAGUAAUCCAGGAAUCACAUAUGUUUGUGAUCCUGUUAUGGGAGACAAUGGUAAACUGUAUGUACCAGAGGAGUUGAUGCCUGUAUACAGAGAUGUUAUAGUACCUAAAGCUGACAUUGUUACACCAAACCAGUUUGAAGCUGAGUUAUUAACAGGUAUAAAAAUUACUACAAUCAGCGAGGCAUUACAAGCUAUGCAGUGUUUACAUGACAUGGGUCCAAAAACAGUGGUGUUGAGCAGUACUAGUCUAGGCUCAAAUGGCAUUCUUGUGGCACUAGCCAGUUCAGUUAAAAAUGGGAACAAAGAGUGUUAUAAGAUUGAGAUGCCACAUAAAGAUGCUAUAUUUGUGGGUACUGGUGACCUAUUUGCUUCCUGUUUAAUGGUCUGGAUGCAUAAAGAUAAUGAUCUCAAGACUGCUUUAGAGAAAACAGUUUCAACCGUACAAACAGUAAUAACUAGGACAUUAGAUGCAGCACAGGAGGUUGCUGGAAAAGGGAACACGCCGACACCAGCUCAGAUGGAGUUACGUUUGAUUCAGUCUAAAUCAGACAUUGAAAACCCAAAAAUAAAUUUUACAGCGGAGAAAAUAUGAUGACAGAAAUAUUAUUAGAUAUAUUAUUAGUUGUUACUUUGACAGGUUAUAUUGUUUGUUAUAAAUAGCUGACAGCUUAUAUAACCAGAGCUGCCAGAUUAUAUAACAAACAAUUGUUUAUAUAUGGUCAUAUAACAUGUUAAAAGUCUUUACAAAGAAUUUGUAAUACUGCAUAUUUGCUCACUUUGGCUAAAAUUUAUUUAUACUAUAUGAUUUAACCUUACAAUACUAAAUAUCUUAAUUGAAUUGUCAGUCUUUCAAUUUGUACAAAACCAUUCAUCUAGUUUAAAGGGACUCCACUGAGAUUUUCUUAGGUGACUGGACCAGAAAUAAUUUUUCGAGAUUUAUGUUCUGUUUAAUGAAGGUAGAACAAUAAUUUUGU